AUAAAAGCAAACACACUUGCUAUCUAAAAAUAAUGACUUAGGAUCUCAAAAUAUUCAGAUAGUGUCCCAAAAUAAUUACUUAGUCUCUCAAAAUAAUGAGAUAGUAUCUCAAAUUAUGACUUGCUAUCUUAAAAUAAUGACUAAGUAUCUCAAAAUAUUCAGAUAGAGUGUCAAAAUAAUUACUUAGUAUCUCAAAAUAAUGAGAUAGUAUAAAAAAAUACGUAGACCCUCACAAUAAUGAUUUCACUGCAGUUCUCCAUCCCUCCAGAUCAGUAGGUGUCAGUAAUGCUCUUGUAGUUGUUCUGCAGCCUCCAUAACCUGUAAAGAAGAAGGAGAAGAAGCUGUACAGUAGUGGAGAUUCUCUGGUUCUACAGCUGGAGUGUUUUUGGGGGGUUUGGUUCCACAUCUCUGGAGGAACAGGAUCAGCUGAUCUAUAGACGAAAUGAAGAUGUUCCAAGUCUUCUUCUGCUCCUAGUGUCUGAUAUCCCCACUGGCUGAAGUUCAUCUCCAAAAACAACAAAGAGAUUUUACAAAGAUCAGUGUUAAACAGUGUUAAAGGCAUGUAGAAGAAGCUGCAGUAUAUAUUUGUUUGCUAUAUCUCACAGACAAAUGUGGCAAAGUCCAGGCAAAGAGAAAACUCACCACUGCUUAGACUGUGGGAGGAGUUUUACUGAGCAGAGUUCUCUCAAAAAACACCAGCACAUUCACACUGGAGAGAAACCGUAUCAAUGUUCAGUCUGCGGGAAGAGUUUUAAUCAACAGGGUAAUCUCAAAAGACACUUGCGCAUUCACACUGGAGAAAAACUGCAUCACUGCCCGGAGUGUGGGAAGAGUUUUACUACUCAGAGUCAUCUCACCGCACACCAGCGCAUUCACACUGGAGAGAAACCGUAUCAAUGUCCAGAGUGUGGGAAGAAUUUCACUACGCUGAGUGAACUCAAAACACACCGGCGUAUUCAUUCAGGAGAGAAACCGUUUCACUGCCCGGAGUGCGGAAAGUGUUUUACUAGACAGAGUGAUCUCAACACACACCAGCGCAUUCACACUGGAGAGAAACCACAUUACUGUUCAGACUGCGGGAAGAGUUUCAAUCAACUGAAUCAUCUCCAGCGACACCAGCGCAUUCACACUGGAAAGAAACCGUAUCAGUGUUCAGAGUGUGUGAAGAGCUUUACUACACAGGGUGAUUUGACGAAACACGAGCGCAUUCACACUGGAGAGAAACCGUAUUUCUGUUCAGAGUGUGGAAAGAAUUUUAGUCAACUGGGCAAUCUCCAACGACACCAGCGCAUUCACACUGGAGAGAAACCGUAUCAGUGUUUAGACUGUGAGAGGAGCUUCAUGCAUGUAGGUACAUUAAAAAAACAUAAAUGCUGUAAGAGCAGUAACGUAAAUAUGCAAUAAAAUUCCACCAAAGUGUGUAUAUAUAUAUUUUUUUUUUCUCUCUAGAAUUUAUUGCUAGGCUGAAACCAUGCAUCUGAUCAAGGGGCUGUGUACCAUCACACAAUCCAACCAAAUUUCUACAGGUGUCAAUAAAAUCAAAACAGUAAGAGGUGCUAAUUAUAUUAAUUAUUAUAAUAUUAAGUAGAAGAAUUGUAUAAAUCAGAAAAACAUAUGAUUGUGAUUAGACUUAUUAGACACUGCAGACCUAGCCUUAUUGAUAUAUUUGAUCUAUUUCUAUGUACAGGGUUUGUACGGUCAUGAAAAAAAUGAAAAAUCAUGGAAUUUGAAAAUGGAUAAGUUUGGGAUCAAAUAAAAAAAUACCCAGACAGUUUUGGAAAAGUUAUGGAAAUUUGGUCUACAAAUCUAAAAAUGUUUCCGUUUGUCGAUGGAAAAGAACUAUUUUGAGCUACAAAUACAUCAGCUCAGAGUUAAUUCAGUAAUUUAGCCCUACACAAUAGAGCUCUCAGGAUCUGACACACAUUUUAUUGUUAAAGAUUGUGUGUCGGAUUCAUUUUAAACUUACUAUAAUCAAUUUUGAUUAUAGUUUUAGUUGAUUUUUGGUUUUACUGUCCAUGUCUGCACUGGUUGUAUGGUCAUGAAAUUUUACCUUAAAGGCAUGGGAAAAAAUGAACAUUUAUUGGUUAAAAAGAAUAUGAACCCUGUAUGUAGUUGCUUGUAUGAAGUACUCGUAUACUUUUAAAAUUAUUCACAGAAGUAUGGAUUUCUGUCAUUGUAAUAAAAUUCAAUUCAGUUUUAUUUAUGUUGCACUUUUUACAACAAAAGUUGUAAAGAAAAAAGAGAAAAACUCCCUUACAUUAAGAGGAAGAAACCUUAAAAGGAACCAAGACUCAGUCAGAGGAAACCCAUCCCCCUUGGGUCGACAGAAGAGAAGUGACAAAUUUGUUCAUUUUAUUCACAUAUAAUUUGUAUAAAGGUAUAAUUGCUUUGAUCUCGUCUGUGUUAGUUUAGGAGAGGGGACACCCAAGGGUGCUCUCAACCCCUUACUUUGUUUUAAGUUCUAUUUUUCCUUUUAUAUGUUGUGAAUGGGACAUUCUGUUUAUUAAAAAAUCUACUCUUAUUUUA